AUGGGGUUUGCCCUGAGCGGGGCCAGCGUGGCGACAGGUGUCGUGCUCACCAACUGGGUCGACGUCAUCAAGGUGCGGCAGCAGACGUCGGGGUACAACAACCGGAACUUCCUGGCGACGGGGUUCAACGUCGUGCGGCACGAGGGCGUGCUGUCCCUGUAUCGCGGCUGCACCGCCGCCGUAGCCCGGGGCGUCCUUUACGGCGGCCUGCGCAUCGGGCUGUACUCCCCGGUGAAGACGGCGCUGGGCGCGGAUGAGCCCGGCACCGGCGUGCACCGCAAGAUCGCGGCCGGCAUGCUGAGCGGGGCGGUGGCCGCCGCUGCGUGCAACCCCACGGACCUGGUGAAAACCCGCAUGCAGACGGCGGGGGCGCGCCAGGGCGUGGCGCAGGUCGUGCGCUGCGUGGUGGCCGCCGAGGGCUGGGCGGGCCUGUGGCGAGGUACCACCCCCAGCAUGGCCCGAGCGGCGCUGCUCACGGCGGGGCAGUGCGCGACGUACGAUGAGGUGAAGCUCCUCUUCACUCGCGACCUGGGGUGGGAGGACACGUUGGGCACCCACUUUGCGGUCAGCGGCGUCACUGGCCUGGUCACCACGACGCUCAUCUCCCCGGUGGACAUGGUCAAGACAAGCAUGUUUGUGGGCGAGCGCAUGCGACCCUGGGCCUGCGCCAAGGGGGUCGUGGAGCGACACGGCUUGCGGGGGCUUUUCAGAGGGUGGACGGCCAACUGGGCGCGGCAGGGCCCCAUGACCACCGUCAUCUUCGUCACGCUGGAGGGGCUCAGGCACGGCUUUGGCAUGGACGGCAUCUGA